UUUUCUAUGGUUUCAAAAUGUUCCUCUGAUUUAUAUAGAAUAAGAUUCUCUUAUUUUCUUUCUCUUUGGUUUGUUACAAUGCAUACAACAUUUCUUUAGCCGUUGUUUUCAAAUAAGGAUAACAUGCACGCCAGGUGUUUGUUAAUAUGCCUCAUAUUUGUUAACCGGUUGUUUCUUACUGUGGUGCACACCAACUGUUUGCUCUUUUGUUUCCUUGUCUUGUAACCAAAUGUGAAAUUUAAAUGCUUUUCAUGAACAGAGAACAACAUUAAUCAAAAGGAAGAAUCAUGGAUGUCGAUUCUCAACCAACAAUGGAGGAAACGGUUCUUGUUGGAGAUGAUCUGAUGUUAGGACCACCAUCACCAAUCAUUCCACCUGAAAUUGCUUCACAUGUUCUUGAAGGUGUUAAUUUGUGUGAUGGGAUUUUGAGAAACCUUUUUUUGUGCCUCCAAGUUAAUGAUAUAGAGCCAUUUUGUCAAGAAGAGAUCGCUUUGUAUCGAGAAUGUGCGGAGAAAAGGGAUAAGGAACUAAGAAAACGUCUUCAAGGUAGCGAGUAUAGAUUAGGGUUAUCAAUGCCUUUAGAUCAAGCAAAAGAAAGAGCUUCUCAACUAGAGUCCGAAACCACAACUUUAGAGAGGCGAUUGAUUCUUGCAAGUGGGAUGGAAGGAGCAGAAGGGUUUCGCCAAAGAUGGAGUUUACAUGGUCGGCUUACAGAUACCAAGAAAAGAACGGAGGCAUUAAAGGAAGGACUUGAAAAUAGGAAAAAAGAUGAUGAACCGGUUGCAGUGAGUGUUAAAGGUUCAACAGGAAAAAGAUGGUUGUUUUGGUGAAAGUAGGAAAGACUAUUAUUUGAUUACCUAACCCAAAAUAAUUAUUUAAAAAAACAAUACAUGUUUAUUUUUAUUCAAAUAUUAAAUGGUGUAUGGGUAAAAUGUUGGUUGAAUGAUUAAAUAAUUUUUUUUUUC